AUGGCUCUCUACACGUUAAUCUCAGCCACUCCGCUCUCCGUUUCGUUGCCGAAUCAUCACGUGCUACCCACGCGCCGCCGUUUCCAGUUGCCGUUAGCAACUCUGGGCUCGGAGUCAUCGGCGUCAACCCCUACUAGCUCGAGUUCCGUUGUCAACGGGAACACGUUGACCAAUUCUUACGGAACUCGCAAGAAGGAUCCGGAUAGCAACAGCCCGGUUGCUCGCUUCUUUCGUUCCACCGAAUCCAACGUUGAAAGGAUCAUAUUUGAUUUCCGGUUCCUGGCGCUCUUGGCAGUAGGAGGUUCACUGGCUGGCUCGCUACUCUGUUUCCUCAAUGGCUGUGUCUACAUCAUGGAAGCAUAUAAAGUCUAUUGGACUAACUGUGUCAAAGGCAUCCACACCGGCCAAAUGGUCUUACGCCUCGUCGAAGCUAUAGAUGUAUAUCUUGCUGGGACAGUUAUGCUAAUAUUCAGCAUGGGAUUGUAUGGACUCUUCAUCAGCAACUCCUCACCUGAUGUCCCUGCGGAAACGGAUCGUGCCCUGAAAGCCUCUUCUCUCUUUGGCAUGUUUGCCAUGAAGGAGAGACCGAAAUGGAUGAAGAUCAGCUCUCUGGAUGAGCUUAAGACCAAAGUUGGACAUGUUAUUGUUAUGAUUCUACUAGUGAAGAUGUUCGAAAGAAGCAAGAUGGUUACCAUCGCCACGGGUCUAGAUUUGCUUAGUUAUUCCGUUUGCAUCUUCUUGUCCUCUGCUUCUCUCUAUAUCCUCCAUAAUCUCCACAAAGGAGAGCACUGA